AUGACCGCACUCGCUACCGACUUUCCUUUUGCGAAAGAUCUCAAAGACCUUCAUCUCGUGUAUGACUACAAUGCCCACGACGCGCAGGGCAAGCCUGAAAAGUGGCGCUAUGAGAUCUGGUUCUUCAGCGAAGAUCGCGUCGUCUACAAGAUCCACGGUGGUCCGAUGGCCGGCCGAGCCAACUUCCAGACAUGUAGCUUUCAAUGCAUCAGACCAGGCGAGCUGUGGCAGUGCAACUGGCUCGAAGAGACGGGGACUGUCGUCUCACUCGUCUACGACAUUGUCAAGAAACGGAUAACGACGCUUCUCGCUUUCUCAAAAGGCCACUGGGAAAAUGCGGAAGCGGCACACGGGGAUAAAAGGAACCCGGCGGAUCUCGAGAGGUGGCGCGGUCUGGCGCGCAUUGGCAUUCAGACGGACAGGCAUAUGCUCCCGGAACAGGCUGAUCUUGUGGAUAUCUUCAGGGGCAAGGGUGAGUUGGAGCCGAUCGAACACUCGUGGCCUACUUUGUAG